AUGACACAACCUACACCGUCUUUGCUCGGGGGCUUCGCCCACAUACCUUCCGGUCUCGACCCUAAGUGGCAGAAUUCCGGUUCUGAAUUAACCACUGCUGACAUAGAAGUGUUCCACCAGUUAAUUUUGGUGUACUGUGCAAAGAGGUUUGCAUAUACACCGCCUGUGUACAGAAUCCGCAACCUAUUGGCAGCUAUCGACCACAACUACCACAGCAACAGACCUCUGAAAACCAACAAAGAUGGAGAAAUAAGGUAUCACAGAUGCUACAACAAAAAAAGCAAGCGCUGGUCAGUCUUUCCAGAGAAAGUAGCCAAGACCUAUGGCUACGUUCCAGAGAUGGCAGAAAUGCUGUACAAAAAAACGGAUAAAGGAUAAAGUAGGAAUGGGCAAAAAAAUGGUCUUGGAAGAAGGUGAUCCAAGAAGACUGGCAAAACACUUGGCCCCAGAAUCCCCUCCAUCUGCCUCAGCAAUUGUUCAGGCCAAACAGACCAGGUUCAAGAGAAAAAGAAAUUGAACUGAAAAAAGAAGUACUUGGUACUUUAAUUGUU